CUCUAUAGAGUUAAAUCAUACACUUACAUACAAACAGCACGGGGUCCGCGAUCUACCGCAGGUAGAUUGCUUACCUGAUAAUAUACUGCUGCGAAUCAGAAUUUUAAUUCCGGGCAACAGAAAAGUUAAGAUAAAUCUAGAACAUCAUACACCGAAUGUUAAAUGACGCAUUGAACAAUUAACGCAUUUGAGUCAUAUACAGUUUGUACAUUUAACGGGUAACGAAGUGCCCGGAAUCAGCUAUAGUAAUAUAUAUAAUGGAUAUAAUAUUUUAGUUUGAAUAAAUCAAAAUAAACUAAAAUAAUUUAAACUCUCUUUCACGUAGUAAUAACUUUCUGAGAAAAAAAUCGUAUUUAUGAUUAGACCAGCGGCGGACUGGCCUGACACACUUUUUAGUCCUUAGUUGGCAAUAUCAAUGGGAUUACCGCACGUUGAAAGACAUAUAUAAUAUAACAUAUGUCCACCAGUGCAGGUGUACAGCGUGUUCCAGAACGGUUACAAGAUCUACAUAAACAUGGAGUACGCGGAGAACGGUGACAUGUCCACGUACCUCCAGAAGACGAAGCUGACGGAGGUACAGAUCCGCUCGUGGCUGUUGCAAAUCCUGUGGGCGUUCUCGUACAUGCACGGCGUGGGGGUGGUGCACAGGGACCUGAAGUGCGAGAACAUACUGCUGACCAGGAGAUACAACUUGCGGAUAGCCGACUUCGGGUUUGCCAGGUUCAUGGACCGAGGACGAAAUCCUGGGGCGAACACGGUGUGCGGCACGAUGACCUACUCGGCGCCCGAGCUCCUGUACGGCAAGCGGCCUUACAACCCGGUGGCCGCGGACGUGUGGGCGAUCGGCGUCGUGCUGUUCAUAAUGUGCAACAACGCGCCGCCGUUCCGGAACAGCAACAAGGAAGAGAUACACAAGAAACAGAUGGAAAAAAAUUUUACAUUUCGAAGGUCGUUGGGUCGAAGUAGAACACUAAAAGAUUUGACUACCACGUUCUUGGAGCCAAAUUUUCUGAAGCGUACAAAAAUCAAGACCGCUUUGCAACAUCCCUGGAUCAAAGAAGGCAAUAUCAAAAUACCCGCGGAUGUGGCCAUAACAAACGAAACCAUUACGGCCAGUAUAAGUGAACCGAUAAUCACGGAGACUUCAUUGAGGGUACCUGCAUUUCAUUACCAGUUGUCGGAAUACGAGAAAACGAUUAGUACCGACAACGAGUUGUUCACAGCAGUCGUAAAGGAAAGCGAAGUUAUUAAACCAAAAACAUUGAAACUGAAGAAAUGAUUUGGUGUGUACGUGACUAGAGCAGAAAACAAUUAAGACGUACAUCAACCCGACAGAAUUAAGGAGACCAGGGUUUUCUAUGAUGAUUAAUGAAAUUUGUUAUACAAUUAAUAAUAAUAUUAUAUUAUUUAUAAAUACUCGUAAAUAGUUUCUAAUAAACUAUACUGAAAAACGAUUGAGAUGUACACCAACAACCCACCAGAAUUAAGAAAAUCGUAGUUUCUUAUGCUGAUUAAUGAGUAAUGACGCUAGGAAGACCACGGUUAUAUGAUUUUAGGGGAUGACUGUAAGACGUUUACGUUGAGUACGUUUCUACUUAUAGUCUAAUAAAAUAUUAAUUCCAUGUCAUUGUAACUACGUCUUAAUUCCACUUUAUUUGAAUACCAAACAAUGUGUGCACUUAUUUUUUUAGUGUAAAAUAUUUAAAUUAAGUCAAAUCAAAGGUAUUUA